AUGGCGAAGAAGCGGUAUGGUGUUGCCUUAGCGGUUGCAUUCUUAGCAAUAAUGGUUCAUGUCUCUGUUUCAGUUCCAUUCAUAAUGCUUCAUGGGAUUGCAGCUGAAUGUUCUGAUGGUAAAGAAGCUAACUUCACACAGCUUCUCUCUAACCUCUCUGGCUCUCCUGGCUUUUGCCUGGAAGUUGGGAAUGGAGAACGCGAUUCGUGGUUCAUGCCGCUAACGAAACAAGCGGAAAUAGCGUGUCAGAAAGUGAAGCAAAUGAAAGAGUUGCGUCAAGGAUACAACAUCGUUGGAAGAUCUCAGGGGAAUCUAGUAGCUCGAGGACUGAUCGAGUUCUGCGAUGGAGGGCCUCUGGUUUACAACUAUAUAUCUUUAGCAGGUCCUCAUGCUGGGAUCUCCUCUGUUCCUAUGUGUGGUUCUGGUUUAUUGUGUGAAAUAGCAGAUGAGCUGAUCAAGUCAGAUAUCUAUAGCGACUUCAUUCAAGAUCAUCUUGCUCCUAGUGGCUAUCUCAAAAUCCCUACUGAUAUGACAAAGUACCUAGAAAGCUCAAAGUAUCUACCUAAGCUCAACAAUGAGAUACCAAACCAGAGAAACUCAACUUACAAAGACCGUUUCACCAGCUUACACAACUUGAUUCUUGUCAAGUUUGAGGACGAUAAGGUUAUUGUUCCACAAGAAUCAUCUUGGUUCGGGUAUUACCCAGAUGGUGAAUUCAAACCUCUUCUCUCUCCUCAACAGACAAAGCUCUAUACGGAGGAUUGGAUCGGUCUGAAAACAUUGGAUGUUGCUGGAAAAGUGAAGUUUGUGAGUGUAGCUGGCGAACACAUCAAAAUGGCGAAUCUCGAUGUUGUCAAAUACGUUGUGCCUUAUCUCCAGAACCAACCGUCUUCAGAACAAGCACUCAACCGCAAGACGAAGGAGCCUUUGCGUCCUUAA